AUGACACUGCCGUAAUUACAACCUUUCAUUCAAGCCACCGCAUGCACACACAUAUCACGUUGUACACCAGAUAAUCACAUUUUCAUCAGGCUAAGCCCGCCCCUGGUAAAAGUAGGGGCGCUCCAUGUGACGCUGGGGCUGUAACAAAAAUCCAGUAUGGCGGAAUCUGUCAGGAGAUGAAUUUCUUCGUCCCCCCUGCGCAGAGGAAAAACCCCAGAGUCUAACAUGGGAGAGAAAUAAAAGCCCUGCGGGACACAUGUUGGGACGACUGGCUUCCUCCUGGCCCGUGUAGUUACAGAUGACCAAGUGAUAUCAGCUAUACAGUGUUGGUGCAAGACGGCAAGCUGCUGCUCUGAUUGGAGAAACCAAAUCAAAAGCCUCAUGGGGAUUGGCUGCUGCUGCUGGACGUCUCCUUCCUGUUUCCAGCCUUGAGGGAUUCUUGAGGGACUGUCCUAAGUGUUGGAUCAGCCUGAACACACACACACAAUCGCACAGUCCCAGACAUCCACAGUUUUAGCAGGAUAAAAGCCUCCUGAUUGCCACUCUGCAAAUCACAUCUGCACAAACACACAUUUGUAUUGCAGUAUACACGCACACACACACCAAACCGGGUGCUCACCUGCCUCACUGUGUGGACACCCUCCUGGCCGACCUGUCAGUGAUGACGUCACACAGCCACCAAGACCCAACUAAUGCUGCACCGAGUCACUGCAGGGGGUCCAUCCCAGAGUGCACUGGGCAGAGGUCAGGGAAACAUCUUCAGCAGAGCAACUCAUAUGAGGGGAUCCUGGGAAAGGAGCAGCCGCUGGAGGUUCUGAAGACAUCGGCGCUCAACCACAUCCCAACAGUGGACAUCAACUCUGCGCUGCCCCUGCGUCUCCCUCCGGCUGCCAUCCCCAUGGACCUGCGUGUGGACCAUCACCAGCAACAGCAGCAGCAGGUGUCCUCACUCUCCCCGCCCGGGCAGCAGUCGUCCGGCCCGGGCUCGCUGGGAGGGACGGGUCAGGCCGGCGGAGGUGGUGUGGUGGCGGCCUCGGUGCGGGAGCAGCAGCUGCAGCAGGAGCUGCUGACUCUGAAGCAAAAGCAGCAGAUCCAGCGGCAGAUCCUCAUCGCCGAGUUCCAGCGGCAGCACGAGCAGUUGUCCCGCCAGCAUGAGGCCCAGCUGCAGGAACACAUUAAGCAGCAACAAGAACUUCUAGCAAUGAAGCACCAGCAGGAGCUGCUGGAGCACCAGAGGAAGAUGGAGAACCACCGUCUGGAGCAGGAGCUGGAGAAGCAGCAGAGGGAGCAGAAACUGCAGCUGCUGAAGAACAAGGAGAGGGGACAAGAGAGUGCUGUGGCCAGUACUGAGGUGAAAAUGCGUCUCCAGGAGUUUGUACUGAACAAGAAGAAGGCCCUGGCCCAGCGGAGCCUCAACCAAGGAGGGCCCCCCAAUGAUGCUCCCUACUGGUACCGCAAAACCCAGCACAGCUCUCUGGACCAGAGCUCGCCUCCACAGACUGGCGUGUCCACCUACAAUCAACCUGUGCUGGGUGUCUACAACCCCCGGGACGACUUCCCACUGCGAAAGACUGCCUCAGAGCCCAACCUGAAGCUUCGCUCCAGGCUGAAGCAGAAGGUGAGCGAGCGGAGGAGCAGCCCUCUGCUGCGGCGUCGAGACAGCCCCAUCACCUCCGCCAAGAAACGCUCACUCGACAUGGCAGACUCUGCGUGUAGCAGCGCCCCCGGCUCAGGCCCAAGCUCCCCGAAUAACAGCUCCAAUAACAUCCCCAAUGAGAACGGCAUCACUGUGUCAGUCUCCAACAGCACGGAGGCGUCUCUGGCGCAGAGGCUGUGCAGCGGUGCUGAGCGGGGCUCCCUUAACCAGCUGUCCCUCUACACUUCACCAUCCUUACCCAACAUCACCCUGGGGCUGCCUGCCACUGCCACGGCCACUGCUGCUUCCAAUGUGACGUCAGCCCAGCAGGAUGGAGGUCUGCAGCCGGCCCUCUCCCUCAGCCCUCCUUUCCUCUCUGGAGGCCACUUGACUCCCUACCUGGCCGAGGCUGGAGCGGGAACAGGCGCGCACAGUCCGCUGCUUCAACACAUGGUGCUCAUGGAGCAGAGCCCGGCACAGAGCCCCCUGGUGACAGGCGUUAGCGGCGUGUCUAUGUCGCCGGCAGCAUCCAUGGCCAAGCUGCAGCGGCAGCACCGGCCCCUGGGGCGGACCCAGUCGGCCCCCCUGCCCCAGGGGAGCGCCGCGCAGGCUCACGCCCAGGCCCUGGCCCUGCAGCAGCUGGUGGUCCAGCAGCAGCACCAGCAAUUCCUGGAGAAGCACAAGCAGCAGUUCCAACAGCAGCAGCUCCACCUCAACAAGAUGAUGGCCAAACCCAGCGAGUCCCCUGUAGGCCGUCAGCACCAGAGCCACCCGGAGGAGACGGAGGAGGAGCUGAGGGAGCACCAGGAUGGAGGGGCCCUGCCGCCGGGGGUCACCAUCAAGCAGGAGCCACCAGACCCGCAGGAGCUGCAGGAGGAGGCGCUGCAGCAGCACAGGGAGCGGGAGAGGCAGGCGGAGCAGGAGCUGCUCUUCAGACAGCAGGCCCUGUUGUUGGAGCAGCAGCGAAUCCAUCAGCUGAGAAACUAUCAGGCCUCCAUGGAGGCUGCCGGCUUGUCAAUCUCCUUCCCCGGACACCGCCCCUUGUCCAGGGCUCAGUCGUCUCCAGCCUCAGCGUCCUCCUUCCCAAUCAGUGUCCCUGCCUCCGAUCCUCCCGCCAAACCUCGCUUCACUACAGGCCUGGUGUAUGACUCUCUGAUGCAGAAGCACCAGUGUAUGUGCGGAAACACCAACAGUCACCCGGAGCAUGCAGGCCGGAUCCAGAGCAUCUGGUCUCGGCUGCAGGAGACUGGACUCAGAGCGCAGUGUGAGUGUAUCCGUGGGAGGAAGGCCACGCUGGAAGAGCUGCAGACGGUUCAUUCUGAAGCCCACGUCCUGCUGUAUGGAACCAACCCUCUCCGACAGAAACUUGAUUGUUCAAUCACUCCUAUGUUUGUGAGGCUACCGUGUGGAGGAGUGGGGGUGGACAGCGACACCAUUUGGAACGAGGUCCACUCCUCCAGUGCGGCUCGUCUCGCUGUCGGCUCUGUGGUGGAGCUCGUUUUCAAAGUGGCUACUCGAGAGCUGAAGAAUGGCUUUGCAGUAGUCCGCCCUCCUGGACACCAUGCAGAGGAAAGCACUCCCAUGGGUUUCUGCUACUUCAACUCUGUGGCCAUCGCAGCCAAACUGCUGCAGCAGAGACUAAGUGUCAACAAGAUCCUCAUCGUGGACUGGGACGUUCACCAUGGCAACGGGACCCAACAAGCUUUCUACGAUGACCCAAAUGUCCUUUACUUGUCUAUUCAUCGCUAUGACGACGGCAACUUCUUCCCUGGAAGCGGAGCACCUGACGAGGUGGGCAGCGGACCUGGAGUCGGGUUCAACGUCAAUGUUGCCUUCACCGGAGGCCUCGAUCCACCUAUGGGAGAUGUGGAGUACUUGGCUGCCUUCAGGUCAGUGGUGAUGCCCAUAGCCAACGAGUUUGCGCCGGACAUCGUGCUGGUCUCUUCUGGCUUCGACGCUGUGGAGGGCCACCCUCCACCGUUGGGCGGCUACAUGUUGACGUCCAAGUGCUUUGGCUAUCUGACGAGGCAGCUGAUGACCCUCGCCGGAGGCCGAGUGGUUCUGGCUCUGGAGGGGGGUCACGACCUCACUGCCAUCUGUGACGCCUCCGAGGCCUGUGUGGCUGCUCUGCUAGGCCAGGAGCUGGACCCGCUGCCGAAAGCUGUCCUCGAGCAGAGGCCCAACCCCAACGCUGUUCGCUCUCUGGAGAAAGUUUUAGAGACUCACAGUAAGUACUGGCGCUCGGUGCAGCGUUACUCACCCCGGCUGGGCCUUUCCCUGCUGGAGGCCAAACGAGGAGACUCUGAGGAGGCUGAGGCCGUCAGUGCCAUGGCCUCUCUCUCUGUGGCGAACACCAACACCAUGGAUCAGAGGCCAGAGGAGGAACCCAUGGAGGAGGAAGAGCCACUGUAACGGAGGGAAACGCGAGGGUGUCACACUGUUACCAUUGACCUCUCCGGAGAAGACGUCUUUGAGCUGCGAAGAGUCUCGACUGAUCCCUUCAUUUAGUCCCCCCUAACCCCACUCACCACGUCAGUCACCUUGAUUGGCGGCCCCUCGGCCAAAAAAACGAGGGAGAGGGGGUGGGCUCAUCCUCAGAGUAGGGAGCCAAUCAGGAGACAGAGGACUGAAUUGGAAAAAAAAUUAAAAUAUCGGCGUUGCUUGGCGACGUUCGCUCAAGAGACACUCAUUUUUUUCUGUCAGUCUUCGCAACCCCACGUUAGCCCACAGCGGCUAACCAAGUGACCAAGGCAGCGGGCGAGUGUGUUGGGAGUUUGGGGCGAGAUCAGGUCUCGUCAUAGAGAGGCGCAGAAACAUACGGUGCUUUACACAGCUGCCUUCUGACCACAUGGACACCAGGGACAGCAGAUGCUUCCAGCUGUCAAACACAGCACGGGAGUUUUUUUUUUUUUUUCGUUUUGUUUUGGUUUUCCUCUUUUUUCAGCUAUUUUUCCCGACAAAAACAAGGGCAUCGCGGCAACUGAGAUACUGUUUUACAACGUGCGUACACUGUGGACUUUGGUCGGCCGAAGUUUGAGUAGGCUCUUGCAAAGAUUUAAUGACGAGACCGUCGCCUCGCUGGAGCAGCCUGACGUUGAAAAGGUUGACGAGUGUGAGGAGUGCCUUGGUGAGGGGGUCUGCUGGAUUUCAGGAUUGUUCAGGAAAAGAUUGCCUUAAGUCAAAAGAUUUUUCUCGCUGAGGAAUCGGCGCGAGGUAGUGAGAUGGAGAGUUUCUAGUCCUGUUUGGGGGAAUGAGAGUGACGAAAAUAGAGCAAACAAUCUUUCAGCAUGUUUACUUGGAACGUGACGAAGACAACGUUUAUGUCUCUCACAGCCUCUCUUGAAGAGUUACUUUACUUUUGGAUGGAUCUAUUUUUCUGUAAAAAAGAAAAAGAAAAAAAGAUGACGCUUUGUAAAGGUAGUUGCCAGCUUCAGUAGAAAAACGGUGCAAACAUGGAGAACUUCAAACAAAGAAAUUAGGUUGAAAACUCUCAAAAAGGUUUAGCCUUCGAUGUAGCUUCCCUUUAACUGAAGUCAGUGCUUUGUAAACACAUAAAGCAUGCAUUUGAGCAGAGAGACCGGACAUUUUUGCAAGAUUUUUGAAUGUUAUCCAAAAGAGAAAGCCAAGCGAGAAAAGCCAAAGCAUGAGUUUGCAUAUAACAGUAGUACUUUCACUUUCACUCCACUUAGCCGGCUAGUCGACAAACACUUCUUGUAUUGGCCCUUUCAGAAAAGGCCCUCCGAUAUCCAGUUCAAUGUUUACUAAUUUAAUCCUUCACAAAUCAAGUGAGCAUUUCUGUACGCGUGCCGAUCGGCCUCCCAUGCUUUGCCGGUUGGCAGCUACCUUGGUUUGCUAGUGUGAGCUAAACAUUAGUCAUGUAUAUUGAAUUGAAUAUAUUUUGAGAGGCAGUAAUCGAGUAUUGCCUGUUUGUAUCUACAUGUAUGAUUUCCACAUCAAGUUGUCAAUUUACAAUAUCGAAAAACGUGUUUGGUAAGCGUGUCCACUUUUUAUUUUUUAUUGUAUAAGAUUAUUUUUCUAACUUUUUUCAUCCAUAGAAUUUGUUCUGUGUUUUUAUCCGUUUUCUGGAUAGUUAUAGGGCUGCCAUUCACACACUUAGUGCUGUUGUCACUCCUUGUUCAGAACUUUGUUUCUUUCUUGUAUUUAUCAAAAAUAAGGAGCAAGACUUUCUUUCUUUCUUUCUUUCUUUCUUCUUUCUGCGGCUCUCUCAGCCCUUCUGCAUUUUCAUCAGUUCUGUAUUUAUAACAUGUACUGUUUAUAGGAGAUUUGUAUAUGGAAAAUUUAUAAAUGUACUCUAACUAAUGACAGCUAUGAUAUUGUGAGCGACAAACAGUAUGGUGUACGAUAUUACUCCAUGAACUUUAAAGGAAAAAAAAAAAAAAGAAAAGCAGCAUAUUUAACUCGUCAUGCACUGUUUUGCCCUCGAGUGAAA